CCCCCUCCUUCCUCUCUCCCUCCCUCCCUCUGGGGCUCCGGCGGGAAGGACCCGAUCUCCGGGCGGGAAGGGAAAGGCGGGCCAUGGCCGACCGGAGCCCCCCGAACUGCCACCUGAGGCUGGAGUGGGUUUAUGGCUACCGGGGUCACCAGUGCCGCAACAACCUUUACUACACGGCCGCCAAGGAGAUCGUGUAUUUCGUGGCGGGGGUCGGGGUAGUCUAUAGCCCCCGGGAGCACCGGCAGAAAUUCUACCUGGGGCAUCAGGACGACAUCAUCAGUCUUGCUUUGCAUCCUGAACGAGUAUUGGUGGCAACAGGUCAAGUUGGGAAAGAGCCGUAUAUCUGUGUUUGGGACUCCUACACUGUGCAGACUAUAUCAGUAAUGAAGGAUGUUCAUACACAUGGCAUAGCUUGCUUGGCAUUUGACGUAGAUGGUCAGCGUUUGCUUUCAGUUGGUUUGGAUUCCAAAAAUACAAUCUGUGUGUGGGACUGGAGAAAAGGAAAAAUGUUAUCUAUGGCUCCUGGCCAUACAGACAGGAUAUUUGAUAUUUCUUGGGAUUUGUACCAACCAAACAAACUUGUCAGCUGUGGUGUUAAACAUAUUAAGUUCUGGAGUUUAUGUGGCAAUUCACUGACACCAAAGCGUGGUGUUUUUGGUAAGACUGGUGAUCUCCAAACUAUAUUGUGCCUCGCUUGUGCAAGAGAUGAAGUAACAUAUUCUGGUGCGCUUAAUGGAGAUAUAUACGUAUGGAAAGGAAUCAACCUUAUACGGACUAUACAGGGAGCACAUGCUGCAGGAAUUUUUAGCAUGAAUGCAUGUGAAGAAGGCUUUGCUACUGGUGGCAGGGAUGGCUGUGUUCGCCUUUGGGAUUUAAAUUUUAAACCAAUUACUGUGAUUGAUCUCAGGGAAACAGACCAGGGAUAUAAAGGUCUGUCUGUGAGAAGUGUUUGCUGGCGAGGAGAUCACAUCCUAGUUGGAACACAAGAUAGUGAAAUUUUUGAGAUUGUGGUGCAUGAACGCAAUAAACCUUUUCUUAUUAUGCAAGGGCACUGUGAAGGGGAGCUUUGGGCUCUGGCAGUUCAUCCUACAAAACCAUUAGCCAUGACUGGAAGUGAUGAUCGAUCAGUCAGAAUAUGGAGCCUUAUAGACCAUGCAUUGAUUGCACGGUGCAAUAUGGAAGAACCAAUUCGUUGUGCAGCUGUUAGUACUGAUGGAAUUCAUCUUGCACUUGGAAUGAAAGAUGGUUCUUUCACAGUACUACGAGUUAGAGAUAUGACUGAGGUUGUUCAUAUUAAAGAUAGGAAAGAAGCUAUUCAUGAAUUAAAAUAUUCACCAGAUGGAAAUUUCCUUGCAGUUGGCUCCAAUGACAGCUCUGUUGAUAUUUAUGGUGUUGUUCAGCGGUACAAAAAGGUUGGGGAGUGUGUUGGAUCCACAAGUUUCAUAACUCAUAUGGACUGGUCAUUGGACAGUAAAUACUUGCAGACCAAUGAUGGUAGUGGAAAGAGACUUUUUUACAGGAUGCCUGGUGGAAAAGAAGUGGCAAAUAAGGAGGAGUUAAAAGGCGUCCAAUGGGCUUCAUGGACUUCAAUUUCAGGCCUUGAAGUUAAUGGGAUAUGGCCUAAAUAUUCAGAGAUCAAUGAUAUUAAUUCUGUAGAUGCAAAUUUUAUGGGCCAAGUUCUAGUUACAGCUGAUGACUAUGGAAUAGUAAAACUCUUUAGGUAUCCUUGUCUAAGAAAAGGGGCAAAGUUUAAAAAAUACCUUGGCCAUUCAGCACAUGUGACAAAUGUCAGAUGGUCACAUGAUUAUCAGUGGGUCAUUUCUAUUGGUGGAGCAGACCAUUCUGUUUUCCAGUGGAAAUUUGUUCCUGAAAGGAAGCUGAAGGAUGCUCUUCACAUAGCACCACAAGAAAGCCUGGUUGACUCUAACAGUGAAGAAUCAGAUUCUGAUCAAUCUGAUGUUCCAGAGCUGGACUCUGAAAUUGAACAAGAGACACAACUCACAUACCGUCGACAGGUUUACAAAGAAGAUCUACCUCAGCUUAAAGAGCAAUGCAAAGAAAAACGAAAAACUGCAGCCUCAAAAAGAAGAGAACGGGCUCCAAUCAAUAGUAUAAGAUUGCACUUUGUUCAUGGUUACAGAGGCUAUGAUUGUCGGAGUAAUUUAUUUUACACCCAGACUGGAGAAAUUGUGUACCAUGUUGCAGCAGUGGGUGUAGUAUACAAUCGGCAGCAAAACACGCAGCGUUUUUAUUUGGGUCAUGAUGAUGACAUUCUGUGUCUUGCUAUUCAUCCCUUAAAGGACUAUGUGGCAACAGGCCAGGUUGGUCGGGAUUGCUCAAUCCAUAUUUGGGAUACAGAGACAAUCAAACCACUGUCAGUAUUAAAGGGCUAUCACCAAUUUGGUGUCUGUGCUGUAGACUUUUCAGCGGAUGGCAAACGGUUAGCUUCAGUUGGAAUAGAUGACAAUCACACUAUUGUUCUUUGGGACUGGAGAAAAGGAGAGAAGCUUUCAGCAGUAAGGGGAAGCAAAGACAAGAUCUUUGUUGUUAAGAUUAACCCCUUCAUGCCUGAUAAACUCAUUACAGCUGGAAUUAAACACAUAAAAUUCUGGCGAAGAGCAGGAGGUGGACUGAUUGGGAAAAAGGGUUAUGUGGGUCCAAUGGGGAAGAUCGAUACAAUGAUGUGUGCAGUUUACGGCUGGACAGAAGAGAUGGCAUUCUCUGGAACUUGCACUGGGGAUGUGUGUAUAUGGAGAGAUCUGUUCCUCAUAAAAACUGUAAAAGCACACGAUGGCCCAGUAUUCAGUAUGCAUGCAUUAGAAAAAGGAUUUGUAACUGGAGGCAAAGAUGGAAUUGUGGCACUUUGGGAUGACACCUUUGAACGGUGUCUCAAAACUUAUGCCAUCAAAAGAGCUGCCUUGGCCCCUGGCUCCAAAGGUCUCCUUUUAGAAGAUAACCCUUCUAUACGUGCCAUAUCAUUAGGACAUGGUCAUAUUUUAGUGGGCACAAAGAACGGUGAAAUAUUAGAAGUCGACAAAAGUGGACCAAUAACUUUGCUGGUUCAGGGUCAUAUGGAAGGAGAAGUUUGGGGUUUAGCUACCCAUCCUCAUUUACCUAUUUGUGCCACUGUAAGUGAUGAUAAAACCUUAAGAAUAUGGGAUCUGUCUCCAAGCCAUUGCAUGUUAGCUGUUCGAAAACUGAAGAAGGGAGGAAGAUGUUGCUGUUUUUCUCCUGAUGGGAAGGCAUUGGCAGUAGGCCUCAAUGAUGGAAGUUUCUUAAUGGUAAAUUCAGACACUCUGGAGGAUCUUGUUUCUUUUCAUCAUAGGAAGGAUGUUAUUUCAGAGAUACGAUUUGCUCCUGGUGCUGGCAAAUACUUAGCUGUAGCAUCAUAUGACACUUUCGUUGAUAUCUACAAUGUAAUGAGCAGUAAGCGGGUUGGAAUCUGCAAGGGAGCCUCCAGUUAUAUAACACAUAUGGAUUGGGACAUAAGAGGCAAACUUUUACAAGUCAACACUGGUGCUAAGGAACAAUUAUUUUUUGAAGCUCCUCGAGGGAAGAAACAGCUCAUUCCCAGUAUAGAGGCAGAAAGGAUUUCUUGGACAUCCUGGACAAGUGUUCUAGGCUCCUGCUGUGAAGGAAUCUGGCCAAUAAUUGGGGAAGUCACAGAUGUAACUGCUUCAUGCCUCACCAGUGAUAGCACAGUCUUGGCAACAGGAGAUGAUUUUGGAUUUGUAAAGCUUUUCCGAUACCCUGCCAAAGGAAAAUAUGGGAAAUUUAAGAGGUACGUGGCUCACAGUACACAUGUAACAAAUGUUCGUUGGACUCAUGAUGACAGUUUGUUAGUCAGUGUUGGAGGUGGAGACACGUCUUUAAUGCUGUGGACCCAUGAGAUGGAGGGUCAUCGAGAAAGUAGGCAGUGUGACAGUGAAGAAUCUGAUCUCGAUUCUGAGGAAGAUGGGGGAUAUGACAGUGAUGUCACCAGAGAAAAUGAAAUUAAUUACACCAUCAAAGCCUUAUCAACCAACAUCAGACCUAUGUUUGGAAUCAAGCCUCAUCUGCAGCAAAAAGAGCCUUCAGUUGAUGAAAGGCAAGGAGUUGUAAGACCACCAGUUAGUAGGGCAUUGCCUCAGCCUGAAAAACUUCAGACAAAUAAUGUAGGGAAAAAAAAGAGACCUAUUGAGGAUCUAGUGCUGGAGCUGGUGUUUGGAUAUCGAGGGAGAGAUGGCAGGAACAAUGUGCACUAUUUGAAUGAUGGUGCUGAUAUAAUUUAUCACACUGCAUCUGUUGGGAUUCUGUACAACGUGGCAACAGGGUCUCAGUCUUUUUACCAGGAACAUAAUGAUGAUAUUUUGUGCCUCACUAUAAAUCAGCAUCCCAAGUUUAUCAACCUUGUGGCAACUGGCCAAGUAGGAGACUCAGCAGAUAUGUCAGCUACAGCACCAUGUAUUCACAUAUGGGAUGCAAUGAACAAGCAGACACUGUCUGUAUUGCGAUGCUACCACUCAAAAGGAGUUUGUUCAGUCAGUUUUAGUGCCACUGGCAAGCUUCUUCUGUCUGUAGGGCUGGAUCCUGAACAUACCAUUACCAUUUGGAAAUGGCAAGAAGGUGCCAAAAUUGCCAGUAGAGCUGGUCAUAAUCAGCGUAUUUUUGUAGCAGAAUUCAGGCCUGACUCUGACACACAGUUCGUUUCAGUAGGAGUAAAACAUGUGAGAUUCUGGACCCUUGCGGGAAGAGCACUUCUCAGUAAAAAAGGACAGACAAGUUCAAUAGAAGAUGCACGAAUGCAGACCAUGCUGUCUGUAGCUUUUGGAGCUAAUAAUUUGACAUUUACAGGUACCAUCAGUGGAGAUGUAUGCGUAUGGAAAGAACAUAUAUUGAAUCGAAUUGUGGGCAAAGCUCACAAUGGGCCUAUAUUUGCAAUGUACACAACACUACGAGAUGGCUUAAUUGUAACAGGUGGCAAAGAGAGGCCAUCGAAAGAAGGAGGAGCAGUGAAGCUAUGGGAUCAGGAACUAAGGAGAUGUCGUGCUUUCAGAUUAGAGACAGGACAGAUAAUUGAUUGUGUUCGCUCUGUAUGCAGAGGAAAAGGAAAAAUUCUUGUUGGGACAAAGAAUGCUGAAAUAAUAGAAGUUGGAGAGAAAAAUGCAGCUUGUAACAUUCUAAUUAAUGGCCAUAUGGAUGGGCCUAUCUGGGGACUGGCAACACACCCUUCUCGUGAUUUUUUCCUUUCUGCUGCAGAAGAUGGGACAGUCAGACUUUGGGAUAUUGCUGAUAAAAAGAUGGUGAACAAAGUCAAUUUGGGCCAUGCAGCACACACUGUAUCUUAUAGUCCAGAAGGUGACAUGGUGGCUAUUGGCAUGAUGAAUGGAGAAUUUAUUAUCUUGUUAGUGAACUCUCUGAAGAUAUGGGGCAAGAAAAGGGACAGAAGAUCAGCUAUUCAAGAUAUCAGGUUCAGCCCAGAUUCUCACUACUUAGCCGUGGGUUCCAGUGAAAAUGCAGUGGAUUUUUAUGACCUGACAUUGGGGCCUGCUCUUAACCGAGCCAGCUAUUGCAAAGACAUCCCAAGUUUUGUAAUUCAAAUGGACUUUUCAGCAGAUAGCUGUUAUCUUCAGGUCUCUACUGGGUCUUACAAAAGGCAAGUUUAUGAAGUGCCUUCAGGAAAACAACUCCUGGAUCAAACUGUGAUUGAUAGAAUAACAUGGGCCACUUGGACCAGUGUUCUAGGAGAUGAAGUUGUUGGAAUCUGGUCCAGGCAUGCUGAGAAAGCGGAUGUAAAUUGUGCCUGUGUUUCUCACUCGGGAAUCAGCCUUGUAACAGGCGAUGACUUCGGCAUGGUCAAGCUGUUCGAUUUCCCUUGUCCAGAAAAAUUUGCAAAACAUAAAAGAUUUUUAGGUCACUCAGCCCAUGUGACUAAUAUUCGCUUUACAAGUGGAGACAGAUAUGUUGUCAGUGCUGGCGGAGAUGACAGCAGCAUAUUUGUCUGGAAAUGUGUACAUAUGCCUCAUUGAGACACAUGGAGACCUUCCAAAGAGGACACUGCAUGAAGAGGCGUUAAUGCCCCACAAUUGCAAAGAGACAUUCUCCAGUGCCCUGCAUGCUUCAAGAAAUGGUGCUGAUAAAGACAGAGAACCAUCUGCCUGCCUGACUAGAUUCUAUUAGAAGAAUGGACUGCUGCAAACGUAUUGAGUCUAGUCAUGUUACAACAGUAUCAGAUAGCCUACAUCUGUUUCCCACUCACUGCCAGAUGCUGAAACACAUGGACAAGAGGAAGUGAGUUUUGGCUCAGUGUACAGUUUCCCAAUAAGAUCCUGGAUUUGUAAUCAAGAGAUGUUAUUUCUGACCUAGUGCUGUACAUCACCAUGUUUACUUUCAGCAUGAAUGUUUAAGUACUGGGUACUGACUCUUGCUCAAAUAGAAGACUCCUUAUUUUAUUACUGAAAGGAAAAGCACCCUGCAGCUCUUAAACAAUAGAUUUUUUAAGGGAGAAAAUAAAGUAGAAAUAUGAGUGGUGCAGCAAAAUAUUGCCUAGUUCACUAGGAAAAAAAACUCCUAAGAAUUAAGUUUAUUCCUAGGACCUGCAAAAUUCUAUUGAUUUUAAGGACUGGGUUGUAAUCAUGUCUGGUGAAUGAUAGUAGACAUGCAUGAACCCAUUCUUCAACACUAAUUUAGUGUUUUUGUAACACUUAAGCAUUAAAUUAGUUCUGUGAGCAGAAUCAGAUUUGCUCACAUUGUGAGUGCCUUGCCCACAACCUAAAAGUCUAACUCCAGUUUUUGCCUUGUGAAUAAACAUGUUAUCAAUGAAAGAGAAAGUGCUGUGUUUGCUUGCAGAGAUGUGCUGGACGUGAGAAAUAGGUUGUUCAUUUUAGUGUUCAUACACUGAUGAAGCUUUGGGUUGCCAUCAGAUGCAA